CCAUAACAUCAUCAGCCAUCGGAGGGCAGGAAGUACAUGCGGCAAUAAAAUGUGGAUAGAACCUAAAGAACUUUUAUUACCUUCGCCAUUUUGGCUUGCCGAAGAGCAUUCCAAAUAUUUUGUGCUGCAAAAACGUCGUGGCCAUGGCGAGUCACGUGGUUUGGGUUCCAUUUUGGUUGGAACAUUUGAUAGUGUUUUUGAUACCAAGCCGGCUCCAUAUCGGAUACUGCAUCAAACGCCAAAUUCCGAAGUUUCAUAUGAAAUUGCCAUUGGUGUCAAUCAAGAAGAAAUCUAUAGAGACUGGAAUUGGUUAUCGAAUAAUCUUUUCAGAGUCCUAAAUGAAAUGGAAUGUGAAGAGGAGAUAACAAAUUUCACAAUUUGUAAAAUUAAAUCCUUGUAUACCCAAAAUCAUCAAGAUGAAACAGGAGAUUCGGCUGAUUUUAAAGUAAAUCAAUCGAAAUUUCGUCAGUAUUUCAAUAUGCCCGAAGAAGAACAACUGGUGAAUUAUUAUUCAUGCACUUAUAUAAAAAACAAAAUUCCCCGUCAAGGUCAUUUGUAUAUUUCGCUAAAUCAUGUGAGUUUCUAUUCAUAUAUGCUGGGUCAAGAAACCAAACGGAGUAUUCGCUUUACGGAACUGGAAGAAUUGUCGCAUUAUGGCAACACGAUCUAUUUGAAAACCAACAAUAAAAUGCAAUAUAACUUCACCAUACUCUUUGAUCACGUUGAAGCCUAUGAACUAAUAGAGCAAUUGAAUAAAAUGGCCAUACAACGGAUAAUACAGGAUCCUGAUAGUCCAAUUAUAGAUAAGGAAUCUUCUCUAUUGCAACGAUUUGGUCGUAGAUCUUCAAAGAAACCGGCAUUGUGUACGGAUUUAACUGCCAGACAAAAAUCCGAAGAGUAUCGCAUGUAUUUCCGUUUACCACAAAGGGAAAUUAUUGAUGGAACCAUCAAAGCAAAUUUAUUUACGCCUUAUUCAAAACGUUAUGUUCCCGGCAAUAUUUAUCUAUCUACGAAUUUCAUAUGUUUCACAAGUGACACCAAGGGAUUUGUCAGUGUUGUCAUACCUUUACGAGUUAUUAAGAGUGUUGAAAAGAAAGAUGAUGGCGGUCAUCGUUAUGAGAAUCAAAUUGUUAUAACCUCAUCAGAAAAUGUACCCUUUGUCUUUGCUCAAAUUGUAGAUCGCGAUGUUUUGAUAACGAAAAUUACAAAUUUACUAUCGAAAUUCCAAGUUCCCAUCCGUAAUGAACGUCCUAAAUAUGAUAUUUCCUGGAGCAAACAAUCAGCCCUGAUCAAUACAUUCAAAACGCAAUUUUCUCCAGCCAUGCUAGACAAGCAAAAUCAAAAACUUGCCCGUUGGGAAUCACAUUUUCGUGAUUAUGGUCGUGGCAUUUCAAUGUUUCGUACUACCGAUGUUAUAAAUCUAAUUGCCGAGGGGGUGCCCGAUAACUUGCGUCAGGAAGUUUGGCUUAUAUUUUCGGGAGCCAUACAUGAAAAAGAUAUGCAUCCCGGUUUAUAUGAAGACUUGGUCGAAAAGGCGGCAUGUAUUAAACAAUCGUCAAUACACGAGGAAAUUGAACGAGAUCUACGUCGUUCGUUGCCCGAACAUCUCGCCUUCCAGAGUGAAGAUGGCCUGGGCGCGUUGAAGCGUGUCCUACAAGCAUAUGCCUUGCGCAAUCCUCAGGUGGGCUAUACACAGGGUCUGAACAUAAUAACAUCUGUAUUUCUGUUGUUCUGUGAUGAGGAAAAUGCCUUUUGGUUAUUGGCCAGUUUGUGUGAAAAUCUACUACCUGACUACUAUAAGGAUAAGGUUGUUGGAGCUCAGAUCGACCAAGGGGUCUUCAAUGAACUCAUUAAAUUGUACCUACCCGAGUUGCACCAACACUUAGACACGUUGGGUACCAUCAAAAUGAUAACAAUCUCCUGGUUCCUAACAAUAUUCAUUAGUGUGAUAUCCUACGAGAGCGCCCUGCACAUUAUAGACUGCUUCUUUGUGGAUGGUGCAAAAAUCAUGUUCAUAAUUGCUCUGCAAAUUCUCGAAUGGAAUAAGGAGGAGCUGCUCAAGUGUCAGGAUGAUGGCGAAUCAAUGAUGUUGCUGUCCAUGUUUCUACAAGGCAUCUACAAUCCGGACUAUCCGUCGCCACUGGAAAAUGAAAAACGAAAAUGCAAGCGCACACAGACUGUCCAAACACUCAUCCAUGAAGCCUAUACGAAAUUUAGCCACAUAACAUUGCAGAAGAUAGAGGAGCUGCGCAACAAGCAUCGCCGUCUGACAAUGCGCAAAUUUGACCUGGACAAUGAGGAAACCAUUGUGAAAUUCCAUGCCGAAAAUCCCUAUUUCGAUAAGGACGAACUGCGUCUGCUGUUGUCGAUAAUACGCGAGGAGAAGAUGGCUUUUCGCAAAGCUCAUUUGCAAAAGAUACACUCCCAGGUUGGUGAAUCUCCCAUUCUAGUGCCAUCGCCAUCAACAAGCCGUCCCAAAAUGGGUUUCUAUGAGAGUAACUGUAGCCGGGCCGAGGCCUAUGGGGUUGAUUUCGAUACAUUCCGUGUGCUGUUCUAUGAACUAAUGCCUUGGAAGUCGUGUGUCACCAUUGAUUUGGCUGAAAAGUUAUUCAGGUUAACGGAUAAGAAAAGUACUGGCACUUUGGAAUUUGCCCAGCUAGUAAAUGCCUUUGGUUUGUUGUGCUCCAAGAAAUACACUGAGAAACUAAAACUGCUAUACAUUCUGCAUUUACCGCCUCUAUUGUCGAAGGCUGAAAUCGAACAGGUACGUAAACCACAGAGCAAGGCCAAAGAUGAUGCUGAGGAGGCCAUCGAGGCAGAAGAUUUCUUCGAGGAAGAAGCCUCAGAAUCGAUUGAGGCCUUGCCAUCGCCAACCGACAACAAUUUCGACGAAGAUGAUUAUGCAUUGAUAACAGCCACGCGCAGACUGCACAAUUUGGCCGGUAUUUCGGGUAGCACAUUUAUGGAUAUAUUGAGACCACCGAACAAUCAAUCGGGUAAUUCAAACGCUUCGUCGAUGGCAGUAAAUGCAAGAACAUCAACAUUUUAUGUAGAUCUUUCAGAGGAUGAAAUAAGCAUGCCAGGGACUAGCGGCGGCGAAGGCGGAGGUGCCGUAGGUGGUGGUGUCGGCGGUGUUUCAAGUUCACACAAUGGUUCUGCAGCAGCGGCAUUUUUCCCACUACGCCAAGAGGGUCGAUUCGAGUCGAUAGAUACAUUUUCAGACAUUUCCGAUUUGGGUGUAACGAAAGUAACACCACCCCAACUAAAUGUUGAAACAAUUUCGAAUUUCUCACAGAUUAGUGAUCUGGUAAUGGCCACAAAUACCAAAAUGGAACGAAACGAUUCCAAUACAGACACAAAGAGUUUGGGUAGUCUGAGAGCACUGUUCGAUCAGCCGGAUGGCAGUGCUUCAACCAAUAAACAAAUACCGAACAUGAAAAAGGCGAAUUUUCAAAUAUUAUGGAGAAGUAUACAUGAAAUUUUAGGCUCGUCGGAUGCUGACAUGAAUAAUGCAUAUAAAAAUCUCAUUGAAAUGGGUAAUUGUAAUUUGAAAAAAGAAUCCAGCCUAGAAAGUUUUACCCAAUUGAAUUUAGGUGGCAAUGAAGAGCCCGAUUCAAAUGGAAACCCAACCACACCAUGUGAACCCCCCGGCACCACAAAACUGUUCAUGGAUUUGGAAGAAGAAUUGCGACAAGCACGCGGAGAAUCAAAUUCAUCGUCUAAUCAAAAGUCCAGUAAGAAUACCAGCAGCAGUAAUAGUUCCAUUGAUUUUGACUGUUGGGAGAUAUCCAUUAAUCAAUUCAUUGGCACAGUUUUAAAUGUGAAGUCCAUUGUGAAAGGAUUUUAUACUCGAACACCGAUCAAGGAGAAUAUUGAAAAAAUGCAAAAGAAUAGACGUAAAUGUGUUGCAACGAGCUACUGA